AUGGUUGAUGAACCAGGAGCUUCAAAGGACCAUGACUUCCGUGGUGGGAUGGGUGGUCUAGGGAAAACAACUCUGGUCGCCAACACUUUCAACAAGCAAGUUGUCAAGCAACAUUUCGAUUGUUGUGCAUGGAUUACUGUCUCGAGGCAAUAUGUUGUGACGGAGUUAUUCAAGUCCAUGAUCAAAGAGCUCUACCACAAGGCCCAAAAAAACAUAGAUCCGGCGAUCAACCUAGACUCCAUGAGCUAUCAAGAUUUGGUGUACGCACUGGUGAACUUCUUGCAGCCAAGAAGAUAUCUAAUUGUGCUAGAUGAUGUUUGGAGCAUCGAGCUCUGGCAAGAUAUCAGCAUGGCACUACCUGUCAAUAUGAAUGGAAGCCGAAUCUUGCUCACAACGCGGAAGGAAGACGUUAUUUCUUUUGAAUUUGGAGUUGCAAACCACAUCCUUAGGCUCAAAAACUUACCUUUUGAUGAGAGUCUGACCCUUUUUUGCAACAAAGCUUUUGAACGCAAGGGCGGACAAUGCCCUCCAUAUCUUGUAUCUUCGGCAAGAAAGCUGGUUGCAAAAUGUGAAGGCUUGCCAUUAGCUAUUGUGGCUUUGGGCGGUUUGAUGGCUACCAAGAACUCUAUUGCCGAAUGGAAUGAAGUUUAUAACAACUUAAAUAAGGAGCUAAGCGAAAAUGAUUCAUAUUUUGAGAGGCUCAGAGGCCUACUUCAAGUUGUAAGGAGGACUGGAUCAGGGAGGCCUAAAGCAUGCAAGAUGCAUGACAUUUUGCUGGAGUUCGCAGUUUCCAUAUCGAAAAUGGAAAAGUUUGUUGCCAAAUCUGAUGGCAAAGAAGUGGAAUAUGAUGGAAUCCGUCGUUGGUCGAUUACAGCAAAGGCGAAAGAGAUGAAAGCCGGAAGCAAGACAGCGUUAUCUCGGGUUCGUUCUUUGCUGCUGACUGGUUUUAAAUUGAUGAGAGUGUUGGAUUUAGAAGACACUCCAAUCGAUGAACUCCCAGAUGAAUUGGUGAAUUUAUUCAAUUUGAGAUAUCUUAACCUCACAAGAACUCAAGUAAAAGAGCUUCCAAAAUCCAUCGGGAACCUUUACAACUUACAGUCUCUAGUUAUGAAGAAGACGCAAAUCAAAGAGAUUCCUGCAGGAAUUGUGAAGUUAAAAAAUCUUCGGCAUCUAAUCGCUUAUCGUUUCUGUGAAAACCAAAGGGCAUUUGACUUUUGCUCGGCAACGGCAUAG